UCACGGAUAAAUAACACGCGGGGCCUCCGUCGUCUCGUAGCUCGCGACUAUUUAUUCACACCGUGCUGUAAAAUUUAAAACAUUUAUUUAUUCCGUGUACUAUGGGAACAGAACGUUUCUGGCUGCUGGUUAUCGGAUUUUCUCUUACUGCGAGCGAACCAAUCUCCAACUCUACUGAAGAAGUGUUUGCUGGUAACUCCACUGAGCUGCCGCCGGACUACAGAGACGUUCAGUCCAGGUUCUCCAUCAGAAACCCAGAAUUCCCUGACGAGGAUCUCUGCUAUCUCGUCCCGGGCCAACGGGACUCUAUUACAGACUGCAACUUCAAAAAUGCAUCCCAAACCUUCCUCAUCAUCCACGGAUGGUCGGUCGCGGGUCUGUUCGAGAGCUGGGUUCACAAGCUGGUGUCGGCCCUGUUCCAGCGGGAACCCGCCGCUAAUGUCAUUGUCGUGGACUGGCUGGAUCGGGCCAACAAACACUACCCCAAAUCGGCAGAAAACACGGGGCUGGUGGGGGCGGACGUGGCCAAGUUCGUCAACUGGCUGGAGGAGCUGGACUUUCCUCUGGAUAAAGUGCAUCUGUUAGGUUACAGCCUCGGUGCUCACGUGGCCGGCGUCGCAGGAAACCUCACCAACAACAAAGUCAACAGAAUCACAGGUCUGGACCCCGCGGGCCCUAGCUUUGAGAACGCUGAGGGCCUGAGGCGUCUGUCUCCUGAUGACGCCGUGUUUGUGGACGUCCUGCACACAAACACCCGAGGCUCGCCGGACCUCAGCAUCGGUAUCCAGAGACCCGUGGGUCACGUGGACAUUUACCCCAACGGAGGCACCUUCCAGCCCGGCUGCAGCAUUCAGCACACCAUGAAGCUCAUCGCCGCCUACGGCAUUUACAACAUGGACCAGAUCGUGAAAUGCUCUCACGAGCGCUCCAUUCACCUGUUCAUCGACUCUCUGGUGAACCGGGCGUACCAGAGCUGGGCGUACCGCUGCAGCUCCAGAGACGCCUUCAACAAGGGCCUGUGCCUGAGCUGCCGCAAGAACCGCUGCAACAAGCUCGGCUACGGCGUCAACAAGAUCCGCAGCGCCCGCAGCGCCAAGAUGUACCUCAAGACCCGCGACAUGAUGCCCUUCAAGGUGUUUCAUUACCAGAUUAAACUGCAUCUGUUCGGCGACAAAAACAUGACUUUGCUGGAGCAGCCGGUGAAGGUGUCUCUGUUCGGGACGACCGAUGAGAGGGACGACAUCGCUGUCACUGUGCCGAGCAUGAGCACAAACAGCACCGUCUCGUUCCUGCUGACGUCUGACAAAGACAUCGGCGAUCUGCUGAUGCUGAGCUUCCUCUGGGAGAAAGACUCGUAUCUCUACGGCUUCUUCAGCACCAACCAGUUCAUGAUCCGCAAAAUGAGGAUCAAAUCUGGAGAAACACAGUCCAGGCUGAUAUUCAGACCCAGAGAGGGAGAGUUUGGCGCGCUGGUUCAGGGAGGAGACGCCGUGGUGUUCGUGAAGUCCAGCGAGACGCCGCAGAGCAAGAGACAGAAGAGGCAACACAGACUGAAGCAUCACGGGAGCCUCUUCAAGCAGAGCCUCGAGGAAGCGUCCGAAGACACGAGUGAAGAUCCGGCCUUAGAGAUCACGACAGACACCGACACCGCGAGCGCUGCCUCGUUUCACUGAGGCCUUUUCUUUUCAUUUCAUCCAAGUCUGGGUUGCAUUCCCAUAACGUUUUAAAAAUAAUAGCAGUUUUUAUUCAUUUUAGUUUUUUUUAAUGAAACAAACAGGUCAAGAUUAAACCACUAAGUGUGUGUAUAUAUGAUAUCCGGUAGCUGUAGAUUAAUAAUAUUAUAAUAAGCGUGAUCUGAAACUAUAGUCUCAUGAAGUCAAUUUAACAUUCCAGUCAAAAACCGAAUAUAUUUAUCGUUUUUUCUACGUUUUAGUGCAGUCCGUUUGAACCGUGCGUCGGCCAAUAUAAUCAUUAGUUUCUAACCUGGGACAUUAUUAAAAAAAAACGUAUAUUAAAGAUUACGGUAAUGUGAAUCAGUCGUCAUCGUACUGUAAAGUCAUUCGACUCCUAACAAAUGACCUGCUGAAAGCAUCCUGUGUAUUUAUAUGACAUGCUGUAUGACGUCGACUCAAGAGUAUAUAAGUUUUGAUUUAUUACACUCCCUGCAGAUGUGGACGUGUCUGAAUAAAUCCAUGUUACCCUAGAGCUCAUUUUUAUCAUUUCAUAAUAAACGGCCUUAACUGCCACAUGUGUUUCUUUAUACAAUAAAACGGCGCUUUGUACAAGCACCAAUAGUUUCUUUUUUUAAAAGUAAGGAUGGUUUUCAGCACUUCUCAGUACAAAUA